AUGAAGGAUCUGGAAGAUUGGCUAUCUGAUGCUGCACGAUUUUUUAAAUACAAUAGGGCUGUGAUUGCUCAGUAUCCACUUCAAGUGUACGCAUCAGCACUUGUUUUCAGUCCUACCAGUAGUUUAGUGCGACAAAGAUUUUGUGAAGAAGAGCCGGCAUGGCUGGCAUUAAAGCCGAGGAUUGACACUCAGUGGAGUGCCCAUUUACAAACACUCGAAGGCCAUACGGGUGGCGUCAAUUCGGUGGCAAUCUCGCCCGACGGCCAGUUCGUGGCGUCGGGGUCGUACGACAGGACGGUGCGGAUCUGGGACGUCGAGACCGGCGCAGAGCGGCAGGUCCUCGAGGGCCAUACGGGUCGGGUUACUUCAGUGGCGAUCUCGCCCGACGGCCAGUUCGCGGCGUCGGCGUCGGGGGACCGGACGGUGCGGAUCUGGGAUGUCGAGACGGGCGCAGAGCGGCAGGUGCUCGAGGGUCAUACGGACGCCGUCCAUUCAGUGGCGAUCUCGCCCGACGGCCAGUUCGCAGCGUCGGCGUCGGGGGACCGGACGGUGCGGAUCUGGGACGUCGGGACCGGCGCAGAGCGGCAGGUCCUCGAGGGCCAUACGGGUCGGGUUAGUUCCGUGGCGAUCUCGCCCGACGGCCAGUUCACGGCGUCGGGGUCGUACGACCGGACGGUGCGGAUCUGGGACGUCGAGACCGGCGCAGAGCGGCAGGUGCUCGAGGGCCAUACGGACGCCGUCCAUUCGGUGGCGAUCUCGCCCGACGGCCAGUUCGCGGCGUCGGGGUCGUACGACAGGACGGUGCGGAUCUGGGACGUCGAGACGGGCGCAGAGCGGCAGGUCCUCGAGGGUCAUACGGACGCCGUCCAUUCAGUGGCGAUCUCGCCCGACGGCCAGUUCGCGGCGUCGGCGUCGGGGGACCGGACGGUGCGGAUCUGGGACGUCGAGACCGGCGCAGAGCGGCAGGUGCUCGAGGGCCAUACGGGAUGGGUUAGUUCAGUGGCGAUCUCGCCCGACGGCCAGUUCGCGGCGUCGGGGUCGGGGGACGGGACGGUGCGGAUCUGGGACGUCGGGACCGGCGCAGAGCGGCAGGUGCUCGAGGGCCAUACGGACGCCACGAAUAAUGUGCCAAUACCAUCUAGGCAACAUGAUGGCUUCAGUAUCAGUCAAAAUCCACCCUGGAUCGUGUUUGGCGAGAAGAAUCUUUUGUGGUUACCUUCCCAGUAUCGUCCCGGUCAAUUAGCCAUAUCUGGCUAUACCAUUGUUAUUGGUACCUCGGCCGGUGGUGUCUUAAUCAUGCGAUUUAGGUAA